AUGAGGUCAAACAAAUUCAUCGUUCAUCAAGUCUUCUGGGGACUAAUAUUUCUGUUUAUAUUGCCAACGAGCGAAUCGAGCUAUUCACAUUACCGCUUACCCAGCGCCGUAAAACCGGAUCAUUAUCACCUUAAACUUAUAACAUAUUUGGAGGAGAGUAACAAUUUUACAUUCAGUGGCAAAGUUUCAAUAGAAUUUGAAGUUCUCGAGGAAACUUCGAAUAUAACAUUGCACGUUCGUAAUUUAACAGUGGAUAAAGAGCAAAUCGCGCUUCAUAACAUACCCGGCGAUGUUGAUGUAAAUAACUUUAAUUUUUGUCUGCAAAAUAUUGAGACAAUACCGGAACAUGACUACUAUAUAAUACAACUGUGUGAGCCAUUAUCCUCUGGACAGCGUUACAAUUUGACUUUGUCGUUUGAGGGAAUAUUAAAUGAUGAUCUUACGGGUUAUUAUCGCAGUUCCUAUGUGAAUGAAAUGAAUGAAACCCAGUUGUUGUCGGUGACACAAUUUGAACCGACUUAUGCCCGUAAGGCAUUUCCCUGUUUCGAUGAACCAAAUUAUAAGGCCACUUUUACCAUAUGGUUGGGUCAUAACAAGUCCCUCAAGGCUUUAAGUAAUAUGCCACUACAGCAACAAAUUCCCCUGGAUGACGUUGACGACUUUGUGUGGAGCAUAUUUGAAGAGUCUGUCAGCAUGUCCACAUAUUUAGUGGCAUAUAGCAUCAAUGAUUUUGUGUGUAAAGAAACAAAACGAGAUGAUUCCGAAGUGGUAUUCCGUACCUGGUGUCGGCCAGAAUACUAUGAACGUUGCCGUUAUGCUGCCGAAAUUGCUCCUGAUAUUCUCAAGUACUAUGAGGAAUUAUUUGGCAUCGCAUUUCCCUUUACAAAAGUCGAUCAAAUUGCAGUGCCUCAAUUUUCACAAAAUGCUAUGGAAAAUUGGGGACUCAUUACCUACUACGAAGAUAUUUUCCUAACGAAGGAAAAUUUAAGUGACACCACCACCUUCGAAGAAAAACAAAAUAUAGCCACGGUCAUAGCUCACGAAUUGGCUCAUCAAUGGUUUGGCAACUUGGUCACCAUGGAAUGGUGGACCGAUAUUUGGCUCAGUGAAGGUUUUUCCACAUACAUAUCCACAUUGGGAGUGGCCAGUCUAUAUCCCGAGCUACCUUGGCAGGCAUUUGAUACCUAUGAUAAUUUCAAGGAAUUCUUUGUGGCCGAUGCUAAGACGGACAGUCAUGCCAUAUCGAACGACAAAUGUAACUCAAGUGAUAUCAUGAAAAGUUUUGAUGCUAUAGCGUACAGAAAGGGAGCAGCUGUGCUGCGGAUGACUCACAUGUCUAUGGGUCCGGAUUGGUUCUUUGAUGGCAUAUGUGGUUAUUUGAAUAAACAUAGAUAUUCCACUGCUACCCAAGAUGACUUGUGGCAGGCAUUUACGGAUGCUUUCCUUAAAACCACAAAUGAUCUCAAACCUCCAACCAGCAUAAAAACAAUUAUGGAUUCUUGGACCCUACAGGCUGGUUAUCCUUUAGUUGAAAUCGAACGAAAUUAUGAAGCGGGUACAAUGGAAAUUUCCCAACAACGAUUUUUGUCACAGGCUUCAAAUAAGACCAGCCCGGAAGGAGAAUGUUGGUGGACACCUCUAAGCUAUACAACAGCUGCGGAAUUAGAUUUUAAUUCUACCAUAGCCAAGGUAUGGCUAGAAUGUGAUUCGAAUUCGGGUAACAGUUUAAAUCUAACAUUGGAGAAUAUUGCGGCGCCUAAUGAUUGGAUUUUAUUUAAUAUCCAAAUGGUUGGUGUCUAUCGGGUUUCAUAUGACCCCACAAAUUUGCGACUGUUGGCAGCCACUCUGAACAGUGAAAACUUUAAGGACAUUCACGUUAUGAACCGCAUGCAAAUUGUGGAGGAUAUCAAAGUACUAGCCUGGGAAGGUCAUCAAAGUUAUGACAUCUACUUUGAAAUUUUUGAAUAUCUACACAGGGAGGAUGAAAAUUGGCCAUGGGAAUCGGCAAUUGCCGGUCUAAGAGAUCUUUCCAAUAUUUUUGCACCAUUCCCAUUGAUGACUAAAUAUUUACACACAUUUAUGCGUUAUAUCAUAGAACCCUACUAUCACCGUCUUGGUGGCUUAAAUGGCACCCGCGAAACGUCCGAUAUUCAUAGUCAAAUUAUUAUGGUUGCCUGUUUCCUCGAACUCCCAGAUUGUGUUCACGCGGCACAGGAAUACUUUGAACAAUGGAAAACUUCACUCAACACACCCUCCAACUUGAAGCAAAUACCCAGCGAACUAAAAACCAUUGUUUACUGUAACGCUGUGCGAUUUGGUCCACCGGAUAAUUGGGAUUUCCUAUGGCAACAUUAUCUAGAGUCACGAGACCAUGAAAUUCUUUUGGGUUUGGGUUGUUCUCGAAACGAAACUGUUCUAAGAAAUUUUGUUCAACUCUAUCAAGCUAACAGUAACGAAUCCAAUAUCGAUGUAUUCUUUUAUAUAUACAGAAGUGUUACCGGGGUGGAGAUUAUACGCGACUAUUUCAAAGAGACAAUUAAUAAUUGGACGUCUAUAGACGUGGAUGUGGAGACACUGUUGUUGUUAAGUUUUCAUCUAGUUCGUCCUAAUGAUUUGAAUGCCUUCGAAGAACUUAUAAAUAUAAAUCCGGACUAUUUUAAAGAUUAUGAAGAAAUUGUAGAAUAUACUCGGAGUACCAUCGCAUUCAGAUUACAAUGGAUCGAACGUAAUUUGGAAGAUAUUAAAUUCUAUUUAUAUAAUCGUCUAACACAAAUGGGACUUCUUGAAAAUAAUACCAUAGAAGACAAUAGUUGA